AUGACACCUAAAUAUCGGAUCAAUUCCCUCCCUCCCUCCCUCUCUUUCUGUUUCCCUCGCUUCCCCCUACCUUCUACAGAGAGAUCAUGAUCUCGGUUCGGUUAUUCGCACCAAGAUCAUGAUCUUCUUUCUUAUUUGAACAAUCAUAAUUACCUACUUACUUGUUAUUUGAUUCUUAUCUCAUUUCGAUUUUCUGCUUCUUUGAUUUCUAUACGUUCUUCCCCAACAAGGGAAAGAUUUUGAAUUUUGUUUUGUUGGAUUUAUACUUGUUUUCUUCUGAAUCCAAGUCAUGGCAAAGAGAUCACUCAAGCAAUUCAUUGAACACAAGUUUGGGAAAUUCCCAUACUUCUUGAUACACACUCUUCUUGAAUGGGUAUUGAUAGUUAUACUGUUUAUCGAUGGUCUGAUUGCUUUUGCUGCCAAUGAAUUUGCCCGCUUCUUCGAACUAAAAAUUCCAUGCUUGUUCUGCACGAGGAUUGAUCAUGUUCUGGUUCACAGGGAUCCUAAUUUUUAUUACAAUGAUUCUAUCUGUGAAACUCACAGGAAAGAUGUGUCGUCCCAUGCAUAUUGUCAUGUUCACCAGAAGUUAGCCGAUAUCCGGCGAAUGUGUGAGGGUUGUCUUCUUUCUUUCGCCACGGAGGAUAAAUCCGAUUGCGACACCUACAGAUCUCUAGUGGGAAUCUUGGGUAAAGAUCUUGAAUGUUCUGUUGAAGAUGAUCAUAAAAUUCAUUUGAGACUGCCGGCUGGGGGGAAGAUAGACAUGUUGCAGGUUGAGAAGAGCAGCACUCACCGUUGUUCUUGUUGUGGGGAAGCACUGAGGGUUAGGGCUUCAUUUCCCCAGGGAUUGGUUCAGAAUUUGCCACCAAAAGUGACUCAUUUCCCCCAAACUCCUGCACCAUCUCCUCGCGGAUUAUUAGUGAAGACAAAACCUGAUGAAUCGCGGGGUUCUGACCCAUUGCCCCUCAUUCGAUACAAUGAAUCGGGGGUUCCAGAGGAUGAGGACGGAUCAACCUUAUUUACUUUAAGGAAUCAAUGUAGAGAAGAUGUCAAAGCUGCAAUUGUGCCAUUGCUGGAUGAAUUGAAUGAGGACACUUGCAAGACGCCUACUUUUACUAAAGGAAGCAGGUUGUCCGCAAUCGGCUUGACUGAAUCCGCAACCACCACCCCUAGGUGGCUUCAUAGGUUUCCCAAGAGGUUCGCAAUGGAAAAACCAGAUAUGAGUACCGAGUUUGUUGAAGGAUGUGCUGCAAUUGAAGUAGAUGGUGAAACCAUUCUGCAUCGUUUGAAGAGACAAGUUCGACUGGACCGCAAAUCUUUGAUAACUUUGUAUAUGGAACUGGAUGAAGAAAGAAAUGCUUCUGCCAUUGCUGCAAACCAGGCAAUGGCCAUGAUCACCAGGUUGCAGGCAGAAAAGGCAGCUGUGCAGAUGGAGGCAUUGCAGUACCAAAGAAUGAUGGAAGAGCAGGCAGAGUAUGAUGAAGAGGCCUUGCACGUUAUGAAGGAACUACUUAUCAAGAGAGGACAGGAAAUAAAGGUUUUACAGACACAGUUAGAAACUUACAGAGGAAGGUCGGAACAUGGAGAGGCACUUGGUAUUGAUAGCUGCAGAGAACUUGCUGAUGAAGAUUCCCAUCAGUUUAAGUCCCAGUCUGAAUCAUCUGUUAGUGCACAUUGUGAAUGUGGUAGCCCUCCUGCUAAUAUUGAUGAAGAAGUGGCAGAUAAUGGUGAACAACAGCAUAAUUCAGAUCAAAGUGGACCAUCACUAGAAGCAAAUGGACGGGUAAUUCUUGAUGAAUCAUUGUUAAAUUUUGAAGAAGAGAAAUCAUAUCUUUUGGAUCGGUUGAAAAUGCUGGAGAAGAGGAUUCAUCUACCCCAGAAUGAUGGGGAUAACUUGCUUCCUAGUUCUAACAUAGAUAAUCUCAAUGAGGAAGACAAAGGAGACUUGAGUAGCAACAUCAUAACCAAAGAAAUAUCUUGUCUCAGUGAGAAGUUGGAAGCUCUUGAGGCCGAUAAAGAAUUCUUAAAGCAUGCUGUGAGGUCACUCCACAAAGGUGGUGAAGGAACCCAACUUCUUAGAGAGAUAGCUCAUCAUCUUUGGGAGCUUCGAUGUGAAAAGAAGAUGCCCUUGGAUGGUGUUUCUGCUUGAGCUUGUUUCACAUAAUUCAUUUAGAUGGUAAGUACUUUUCAGAGUUCCUCUUUUGCUCUUUGUUUGGCAUUUAAAAUGCCUUUUGAAAUAGCUAAAGGGAAAGAAAUAA